AUGGAAAAAAGCGAUAUUAAACCAGCUGUAAUUUUUGUUUUAGGUGGUCCAGGUUCAGGUAAAGGUACACAAUGUGCCAAUAUUGUUGAGGAAUUUGGAUUUGUUCAUUUAUCAGCUGGUGACUUAUUACGUGCUGAAAUGAACUCUGGUUCAAAGAAUGGUGAUAUGAUCGCUACCAUGAUUAAAAAUGGUGAAAUUGUUCCAUCCAUCGUUACAAUCGAAUUACUUAAAAAUGCCAUUAAAUCCAAUCCAGGUAAAAACUUUUUAGUUGAUGGUUUCCCAAGAAACGAAGAAAAUAAUAAAUCAUGGGAAGAUAAUAUGAAAGAUAUUGUCGAUACUAAAUUUGUUUUAUACUUUGAUUGCCCAGAAGAAGUUAUGACCGAAAGACUUUUAAAGAGAGGUGAAUCAAGUGGUAGAUCUGAUGACAAUAUGGAAUCAAUUAGAAAGAGAUUCCACACUUUUAAUGUUCAAACCAAACUUGUUAUUGACUAUUAUGGCCAAUUCGAUAAGGUUAGAAGAAUCGACGCAAAUAGAGAUGUUAGCUUAGUUUAUAAAGAUGUCCAAGCACUUUUCAGAUCAUGUGGUUUUUAA